GCCCUAAAACGCGAGGCGAGUGACAUGGAGGUGGAAGCGGAGGCGCAGGAGAGGCCGCGGGACGAGGAUAUUAUGGCGCAUCACCAAGCCGUGUGCCAAGAGGGGACGUGCAAGUCCGAGUUUGUGGGUGACAAGGAACCACUGUCGGUGCUGGCUGCCGAGUACGAGUUGGGGAAUCCCGUGUUCAAAGCCAAGAUUGAGCAACUAGGGAAAACAUAUGGAGCAAUCCGUCGGACCCGAGGCGAUGGCAAUUGCUUCUUCAGGAGCUUCAUGUUCGCGUAUCUGGAGCACGUUCUGGAAGCGGAGGACGAGAGAGAAGCUGCCCGGGUGCUGCAAAACGUGGAGCAGUGCCGAAACGCCUUAGUCAGCUUAGGCUAUGCCGAGUUCACCUUCGAAGACUUCCUGGCGAUAUUUGUGGAACAAGUGGAAAACGCUCUACCGGGCAAGCCAACGUCGAUGAGCAUUGGAACGCUUGUUGAGCGCUGCCGCGAUCAAUACAUUUCGAACUAUGGUAUGCUUGGCUUUACUCUGUUACGCCAUUAUCAUCACCACGCUGGUGUUGUAGUGAUUAUGUUCUUCAGAUUUGUCACGUCGUCCGAGAUUCGCAGGCGAGCCGAGUUUUUUGAGCCAUUCAUUCUCGGGAUUUCGAGCACUACGGUUGAUCAGUUUUGCAAAUCUUCCGUGGAACCCAUGGGCGAGGAGAGCGACCACGUCCACAUAAUUGCCUUGACAGAUGCCCUGGGUGUGCCUGUCCGUGUAGUCUAUCUGGACCGCAGCAUCUGCGACAACGGCAAGACCACGGACGUGAACCACCACGACUUCAUACCAGGGGGAGCUGAUGCAGAGGAGCAGAGAUGUGAGAACCCCCAUGUUGUCCUGCUCUACAGGCCAGGGCAUUACGACAUUCUCUACCGCAAGUAAAUCUGUAUUGCUUGUGCCCGUGAAUAAGAAUGCCGGUCUUUUACAAAGCAACGCAGCCGGGGUGGUACGCUUCGUGCUCGUUGCCAUCCGCA